AUGCGACUAAAGCGUUACUAUAUUAUGCCAUUUGGCAACAGGCAUCCACCUCUACUUUAUGUUAUGUGUGUUAUUCAUGCUUUUUAUGGUAUCCUAGGUAUUUAUGUUAUUUAUGCUGUUCAUGGUUUUUGUGGUAUUUGUGUUAUUCAUGGUAUUUUAGGUAUUUAUGGUAUAUAUGUUAUUCAUGGUAUUUCAGGUAUUUAUGUUAUUUAUGCUAUUCAUGGUUUUUCUGGUAUUUAUGUUAUUCGUGGUGGCUAA